AUCAGUAAAUUCCUUAUAUCUGUUGCCAUCGGACGCGUAAGAAAGGCCGAAUGAGUAGAUGCCUUUUACAAAAAAAAAAAAAAACAAAAAUGCUCUCGUUGGGAAUAGGCGCGAAAAUGAUUUGACUUUUUUUAUUUUAGAUAACAUAAAAUUUUAAAAUGGCCGUUUUAUGUGGUGUUAGUGAAAUAAUUGUAUGUUAAACUGUGUAUUUUUGUCGUGAAAAACAAUUGUGGUUGGAAAAACUGAUGGUUUAAUCUGAGGUGGAUCUUCGUUUUAAUGGUGGUGAGGGUAUCGUCAAGGGCUGAUGAUGAGGCACGAUGUGGCCAGGGUGGCGCUGGGUCGUGCUCAUGGUGAACGCUGUCGCUGCGCUGUCUCCGGUGGUUAAAAUAGGUGCAGUAUUCACGGAAGACGCUCGAGGAGGCAGCACGGAGCUGGCCUUCAAGUACGCAGUCUACCGUAUCAACAAGGAACGUCUACUUCUGCCCAACAGUACUCUAGUUUACGAUAUACAGUACACGCCUUCUAGAGACACCUUCAAGACUUAUAAGAAAGCGUGUGCACAGAUCCAGUCAGGUGCGGUGGCGCUGGUCAGCGGCGUGGGCCCACUGCUGGGCAACACUUUGCAGCAUAUGAGCGCCAGCCUGCAUGCCCCUCAUCUUACUGUUGGACCCUUUGCGCCGGAGAAUUUAAACAACACGUUCACAAUAAAUCUAUAUCCUCCUAAGGAUUUGCUAACGAAAGCCUUCGCAGAGUUCCUCUCGUAUCUGAACUGGACCAGAAUGGGGGUUAUAUACGAAGACUAUGGAUACGGGGAACUAAACAUACUAGACAUAGCUAAAGACGGCCGUGACAUGUACGCCGUCCGCUGUCGUGACGCCAAGGAGUAUAGACGCGGCCUCGCGCUACUGAAGGCGCAGCAAAUCGAGCAUAUUGUCGUCGAUACUGAUCCUAAGAGGGUCCGACAGUUGGCGAGGGCUAUUCUUCAACUACAAAUGAACAACGAGAACUACCAUUACGUCUUUACAUCAUUUGACUUCGAGCUAUUCGAUAUGGAAGACUUCUACUACAACAGAGUGAACAUGAGUGGCUGGCGACUGGUGGACAGGCACUCCGACAAGGUGAAGGAGUCGCUGCAGGUCAUGGAGAAGUUCCAUCCUAUUGGAGCGUCCAUCAUCAGCGGCGGUCACAUCAAGACCGAACCAGCGCUCCUAUACGAUGCAGUACAAAUCCUGUGCCAAGCGCUAGCAAUAACUGAAGACAUACAUCCAGGCAAUGUAUCCUGUGACAAAGAUACGCCAUCGCUACACGGGAAGGCUAUCUAUGAUAAUAUUAAUACGAUCCAAGCCCACGGGCUCACAGGUCCCCUAGAAUUCAAGCAAGGUAUCCGCAAGAACUUCCACCUGCAGCUCAUGAGGCUCACAGGAGGGGAGAAGGGGGGCAUGGUGGUCUCCGGCACCUGGUCUCCGGCCGAGGGUCUGGCUAUCACAGACCCUGCAGCUUACACGAGGGAUCCACCACCUAAUGUUACGCUGACGGUUGUCACUGUUGAGGAAAAACCCUACGUAAUGGUAAAAGAAGGCUGGAAUCUCCAAGGUAACGCCCGUUUCGAGGGGUUCUGCAUCGACCUCCUCGCCCGGGUGGCGGCCCGGGCCGGCUUCCACUACCGGCUGCGGCUCGUCCCGGAUAACAUGUAUGGAGCCAGGGACCCGGAUACUGGACACUGGAAUGGGAUAGUUAGAGAGCUUAUGGAUAGAAAAGCCGACAUAGCAGUAGCGUCGAUGACGAUCAACUACGCGCGGGAAGCGGUCAUAGACUUCACCAAGCCUUUCAUGAACCUCGGGAUUGGAAUACUGUUCAAAGUACCAACCUCCCAGCCGACCCGUCUCUUCAGCUUCCUCAACCCCCUCGCCAUAGAGAUCUGGCUGUACGUGCUAGCUGCAUACAUAUUAGUAUCCUUCACUCUCUUCGUCAUGGCUAGGUUCUCGCCUUAUGAGUGGUCUACAAGCACUCACGUGUGCGGUCAUGAGACGAAGCUGCUGACGAAUCAGUUCAGCGUGUGCAACUCCUUCUGGUUCAUCACCGGCACCUUCUUGAGGCAGGGCUCAGGGCUUAAUCCUAAGGCAACAUCCACCCGCAUAGUAGGCGGAAUCUGGUGGUUCUUCACGCUCAUCAUCCUGUCCUCGUACACGGCGAACCUGGCCGCCUUCCUCACGGUGGAGCGAACAGUGCUGCCCAUACAGAGCGCGGCCGACCUGGCGGCGCAGCAUCACAUACACUACGGCACGCUUAAUGGCGGCUCCACCAUGUCUUUCUUCAGGGACUCAAACAUCGACAUCUACCAGAAGAUGUGGGAGCAUAUGUCUAGCGCCUCCCCCCCCGCGCUGGUCUCCUCCUACGAGGAGGGGGUGAGGAGGGUCCUCGCGGGGAACUACGCCUUCCUCAUGGAGUCCACCAUGCUGGACCAUAGGGUGCAGAGAGACUGUAAUCUGACGCAGAUCGGGGGACUGUUGGAUUCUAAGGGCUACGGCAUAGCAACAUGGAAAGGCAGUCCAUGGCGCGACAAGAUCUCCCUAGCGAUCCUAGAGCUGCAGGAGAAGGGCGUCAUACAGAUCCUGUACGACAAGUGGUGGAAGAACACCGGCGACGUCUGCAACAGGGACGGCAAGGACAGCAAGGCCAACCCGCUCGGAGUGCAGAAUAUUGGUGGGGUAUUCGUCACCCUACUCUGCGGUCUAGCUCUGGCCAUAGUGGUAGCAAUCCUGGAGUUCUGCUGGAACACCAAGAAAAACGCCUCGCAGGGCAGGCAGUCGCUCUGUAGUGAAAUGGGACAGGAGCUACGUACAGCGAUGCGAGGCGGCUCCUCCAGCAGGACAGUGCUCAGACCUGGGUGUUCCAGGUGCUCGCCUGCCACACACGUGCCUCCCGCUACUUCUAGAUAUCAGCACUCUCGCAGCAGCAGCGUGGAGCUGAAGGAGCUGCGCUGGUCGUAGCGCCGCGCCGGGCGCGCCCCCGCGCCCGCCGCCUCCGCGCCCGCCUCGCCCGCGCGGCCUCGCCCACACCAUCCCACGCUACAUAAUUCCGUAGGUUCUCUCAGAAGAACGACUUCAUACGUUUUGAAAGAGCCCAGAGAAAAAAAACACGUUCAAAUAGUGGCGUAACCUAAAAUGUUCACACCUGCGUUGAAAGCACGUGUCAAAUAGUCAAAAAGGCCUAGUGUUACGACUUGUAAAAGUCGACAAAAAAUGUAAAAUACAGUGUUACGACUUGUAAAAGUCGUAGAAAAAUGUAAAAUACAGUGUUACUUAAUGUAAAAUACAAGAUGAAAUUGUAAAAGAGUGUUGUAAGCGAAAGUGUUAUUUUAAUAAAUGUUUAAAAAAUAAAUGGAAGACAUUUUUUUAUGUAUUUUUUUUUC